AGGGGGCAGGGGCGCGGGAGCCCGAGGCAUCCCCGGCACGGGGGAGUGCGUGUGUGUGCGCGGGGGGCGCCCCGCCGCCCCGCCGCCCCCCGCCGCACCGCAGCGUGCGGGCAGCGAGCGCGAUGCGCCCCGCGCUCGGCUCUGCGGAAUAGCGCGGCCGCCGCUCGCCCUCCGCGGGCUUGGGGCGCACGGACCCGACCGCUGGCCAUCCCCUAUUGAUGUCCAUGAAUGCAAACACCAUGAUUUUCAUGAUCCUGGGCGCCUCUAUCGUUAUGGCAAUAGCUUGCUUGAUGGACAUGAAUGCGUUGUUGGACAGAUUUCACAAUUACAUCUUACCGCAUCUGAGAGGGGAAGACCGAGUUUGUCACUGCAACUGUGGAAGGCAUCAUGUCCACUACGUUAUCCCGUACGACGGGGACCAGUCGGUGGUGGACUCCUCGGAGAAUUACUUUGUGACUGACAAUGUAACCAAGCAGGAGAUUGACCUGAUGCUGGGACUUUUGCUGGGCUUUUGUAUAAGCUGGUUUCUGGUGUGGAUGGACGGGGUUCUCCACUACGCGGUGCGAGCCUGGAGAACCAGCCGACGGUAUGACAACUCCUGGUCUUGGAUUCCCAAGUUUUGUAACUUGAAGGAGUUCAGGAAACGUCACCACCGGCAGUACGAGGAGGCGACCGGGAACAUGGUGCACAUCAAACAGAAGCUGUACCACAACGGGCACCCCAGCCCACGGCACCUCUGAGGGAACCUCCCCCCCUCCAGAGACUGCAGGGAGCUUUUAAAAAAAAAAAAAACAAAAAAAACAACAAAAAAAAGGACUUCUUUGCUCUUCUUCCAGCCGGACCAGAGCAGCUUCUGGUUUGCUCCUCCAUGGAAGCCCAGCCGAGGAGAGGAUUUUACUGAUCCAUAUCCCCGGGACGCGCCACGAUGCACAACUAAAGCCAGUCCUGGAUGCCACGCAGCCAAGACACUGCACUGUGUUCCACAUUUUAUUGUCAGACUUGUGUACAUAUGUAAAAAAAAAAAAAAAAAAAAAAAAAAAAGCAGACGAACUAAAACAAACAAAAAAAAAAAAGAGAGAGAGAAAGAGAGAAAAGAGAUUUGCAUUAUACUUUCAAGCCCCCCCCCCCAACCCCCGAAUUUUCCCCGGCAUUCCCGGCUGUCCUGCACAUCCAGCUGCCCCUGAGGGGAAUGUUGGCCGAGGGGAUGGAGGUGGGACAGCACGAAGAAGAUGCAGAGUGUCUCGUCCAAGAGCUCAAAUCCCCUGUUUCUUUGGUCCUUUGGCUUGGUUUUGCUCUGCCCUGUCCCUUCUGUUCCUAAAAUGGCUUUGGCUGGUCACAGGUUUGGAUGGGCACUGCUGCCAGCGGGUUGGGAAGGCACAGUGUCCCUUUUUGCUUUGGUUCAUGCUUUGGGGAGUCGCUGUGGAGGGAAGGAAAUCCUGGGAAUGUGUAAGUGCUUUGUUGUUUGAGUUGCUGUAUACACUGAAACCUGCCUUAAGCAAUCCAGGGAAUUUUAGUGCCGGGGGAACGGCCCCGUGAGGUGCCAGCCCGUGGGGCAGGGCUGGCCCUGCCUGGGUCACCCCUCUGGUGGGAUCUUGGUGGUGUCAGUGCUGUUGAUCUUCACUAGAGCUGGAGGGGAGGGAGGGAGGGAGGAGUGGAUGGUGUUGGAUCUGACUUUGCACCCCGAUCAUACCCCUCUGCUCAUAAACACCCCCCACCCCUUCCCUGGGAGCAAAGGAGCUGCUCUCCCCCUCUUUUGGAGGGAGAGCCCGAGGCCCUGGUUAAACCACCCCAAAAACAUUGGCAGUGCAGUGAGAGGGUCCUGUGAACAGUCUCACUCCCCCUGCACAUGAACAAACACUUAUUUCUCGUGCUCCUGCCCUGAGCUGAAACAGCAACAGGUCCGGGCUUGGCUUGAGGGACACAGAGAUGUGGACCCAAAACCAAACUCCUCUACAGAGCCAAAUGUCCCAAAUGUCCCACGUUCACAUGGUUGAAUCAAAGCAUGAGGAUGCUCUGAUGUGGUUUUGUCUUUGCUUCCCCCAGUCACAUCUCAGGUGUGGGUUUUAGGGUCUGAGUGUGACCGAGGGUUUGAAACCAUCCUCCACACCCAGAGACCUCCUUCCCCUGCAGGCAGAGGUGCCUGAAGGAGCUGACAAAGCCCCUGUGUGGUGGUGUCUGAUCCUUGCAGUGGGUCCUGUUCUGCUGGUGGGGAGAGAGAGAAUUGGUUGAGAGGGAUAAAGGAGGGAGAUGCCCCAAGAAGUUAAGAUGGUAGCCCCAAAAUCACGUCUCCUUCAUUCACCAUUUUGUAUUGAGUGGGUUUGUGCUCAGAUGGGGAAAACCCUCAGGACAAAAGAGGAUGAAUAUUGGCAGAAACUGCUGAUUUAUUCCAUGGAUUCUUUGACACUGGCAGUGGCCUCCUGUUGUUUGAUGGCAAUAUCUGUGGAGGGAGAAGGGCACCAUCACUCCAGCUCUUUCCUCCCUGCUUCAGCUUCUGUGUCUUGGGCUUUGUUUUUUUUUUUUUUGAUUUGCUUUGCCCAGGGUCAGAUCAGUUAAUUACAAGCCCCAAGAGCCAAACAUUCCCAUUUCUCUGCCAUUCCUACCUUUGCUAUUCCCUAGGGCCUCUUUUCUUGGAGCCCCAGUUUCUGUCUGGGCCUAAAUAAUUGCCUGGUCCAUACUUAUGUCUGUUUGACUGGCUGUCAGUCCAGGUUCCCUGUGGCUGGAAUGUCUGCAGCCACCUGUUGGGAUCUAAGGAAUGACUUUUUCCUGGAGCAGCUCCUUUCCAAGACACAGAGCUUUGCACCCUCCUUGUGCCAUGGCACACACUGAAGUGGCAGGGAAGAGCAGGUCCUGUGUUAUCAACUUGUCUUCAGGUGGGACAACAUUUUGUAGGGGAGAAAAUUCCAUCAUGGUAAGGAGAAUAUCUCUGGAACUAGUUAUGGGGGGAAAAAAAGCACUUUAAAUAAUCUUUCCACUUGGAGCCUCUCAAGAGAGGGACUUAAGGCAGUGACUUAAAGUCAGACUGAAUAUAAAGCCUGGUUCUACCCUGCUCUAGCAGCUGACCUUGGUUGAAAUAUCAUUAAAUAUGGGACAGCUGGAAAGAGUAAAGUGAUGGCUCUCACUCAUUAAGUCUGAUCUGUCUGAUCCACAGCAAAAUUUCAGAAGAGCCUGAGGCUCUUGGAAGAAGGAGAAAAAAAAAAUCCCACACAAUACAUAAUCCCAUUAUUUAAGAACAGAAUAUUUUUUUUUAUUUGGGCCUGUAGCUCUCACCUCAUGAGCCUCUCUCUUGUUCACACAGUCAAAAAAAAAAUAAAUCAAAGAUAAUCUCAGUGCAAUUAAAUUUACUGGGAGUUAUUUACUGGUCUUCAAUGCACAGAAACCAGACGUGUCCCAGCACAAACUAAACCAGUGGGGAACUUACAAGAUCUUUGAUUCUCAUCCUUAAUAAACAUGGAGUAAAAUUCCUUCCCAUGCAGGGAGGGAAUUCUACUCCUGACCCACGAGAUCUGCUGCAUCUUCUGUGCAGGGGUGGUUUCAAACAGCUGAGCAGCUCCUGGUGUGAGGUGGGUUUUCCUCUGAGUCCUGGAAGCUGCUGUAGAUUCCAGCCUAUGGAGCAGAGAUUGGAAUGUGCCUGUUGUGGGGCUGGAUAAUGUCCCAUAGAUUCCAGCCUAUGGAGCAGAGAUGGGACUGUGCCUGUUUUGGGGCUGGAUAACCUCCCGCAGAUUCAAUCCUGUGGAGUAGAGAUGGGAAUGUGCCUGUUUUGGGGCUGGAUAACCUCCCGCAGAUUCAAUCCUGUGGAGUAGAGAUGGGAAUGUGCCUGUUUUGGGGCUGGAUAACCUCCCACAGGUUCCAUCCUAUGGAGCAGAGAUGGGACUGUGCCUGUUUUGGGGCUGGAUAAGGUCCCUCACAGGUCAGGCUGCAGCAGUGAGAACCCCCUGCACAGGAGCAGCUCAGAUAUUUAAUGGCCAAAAAAAAGAUAGACAAGGGCUGUUCCCCACAGCCACGUGUCUGCCAUGUCCCCUCUCUGAGGAACGAGGUGACAAAGCCCCCAGAGAAGCAGAAGGUGAGGGAGGUUUUUGGGCAUCGCAGAACCCCAUCACUGUCACUGCCCUGCAGCCCCUGCUCUCCCUGCCUGCCACCAUCACUGCUGUCCCUGUGCCACCCUCUCAGCUGAUCCUGCUCCAGUGGGAGUCUUCCCAGCCCUGUCUGAUGUGUGCUCUCUUGUCCCUCAGUCCCCGUGAGGUCGCUGCUCUUGCUGUCAGCUCAGUUGUCCGUGGUCCUGCUGUUCCUCUGUGCAUGUGUCUGUUUUGCUUCUCUCUGCUGUGGGGGUGUUUUCUCCUUGUUUAAUUGUCCCAGAUGUACUAGUGUUGACUUGUUUGUUGUUCUCUUGCCUCUGAUCCAGUCUUCACAUACACACACACACACACAAAAUAACAAACCAAAAAACCAACCACAGAUUGAAACAAUAACAACAAUAACAGCAACAACAAACACCCAAACCCAGAGACAACCCCAGGCAAAAAAGGGUUCGGUUGGGAGCAAGUGACUUCAGCAUCAGGGAGUUGACAAAACAAGGGCAGGGAGGGAGAAAAAGGGGGUGCAGAGCUGGCAGCUGUGCCUGUGGUGGCAGCUCUGUGGGACACAGGAAUGGGAUCUGCAGGACAGGGGAGUGGGAAGUGUGGGCCACUCGCAGCACUCACCCGCCAGAUGCUUUGAGGGAGGCUCUGAUGGUGGUGGUGGGGUUUGGGGGCUAUUUUUAGAGCAGAGGCAGAGCUUAAAACUGUGUAUGUCGAUCCUCCAGAGCUGGGAUUGGCACUGGGAAUGUUCUCCUGCGUUUUUGGUGUGAGGAGCCCAGGUCUGGCUGCCUGCACACCCCAUGGGUGUGUGCCGGGGGUUGGGAGCUGCUGCAAAGGGGAGGAGUGGAAAGACAGGUGGAGAAAAGCAGGGGAUUGAGAAAUCCAUUGCAUCAACCAGUAGCUCCUUUUUAAAAUCAAAUCCUGUCCUCAGUACCUGCACUGCUGAAUAAACCCCUUUUGCCCAUAAAAACAACAAGAAGGACCCUUCCUCGUUGGGGAACAGUUUGGGAAGGUGUCUCCUGUGAUUCCAUCCAUCCAUCCAUCUGUCCACUGUGCCCUCUUACUGCUCAGCCAGCCCUUGAGCCAGCCAGGGACACAUCAAUUGGCCCAUCCUGGCUGAAGUACCUGGCAGCACUUUAUCCAUAAUCAGUCAAAGACCAGGAGGGAGCCUGGAACGUGUGUCCCGGGCUCUGACAGCAGGGUGGGGUGGUUUUAGUUACUCUCACUGCUAUUCUACCUCAUUUUCUGGUUGUGCUCAGCUGGGAGAAGAGAAUCCCUGAUCAAAAGGAGUAUUAAACACAGGCACUAAGGUGAUUAAGGGACUGGAGCAUCCCUUCUGUGAGGGAAGGCUGGGAAAGCUGGGGCUGUUCAGCCUGGGGAAGAGAAGGUACAUAAAUACCUGGAGGGAGAAGGCAAAGAAGGCAGAGCCAGGCUUUUUAAGUGAUGCACCACAGGCAGUGGGCAAAAAAACAAAACAUGGGGGGAUCUACUUGAACAUCAUGUAUCUCUUUUUUUAGUGGGAGGGUGGCUGAGCACUGGGACAAGUUGCCGGAGAUGAUGUGGAGUCUCUGUCCUUGGAGACAGUCAAAAGCCAGCUGGAGGUGGUUCUCAGGCAGCCUGCUCUGGGGGGCUGUGCUUGAGCAGGAGAAUUGGACUAAAUGAAUUACAGAGGGCCCUUCCAGAUCAAACCAUUCUGUGAAAAAAAAA